CCCAUUUCUAUCACUCCUAAGCAUUUGCAGGAUCGAGACUGGAAGCCUUGACUCUGGAAAGCUUCUGUUCCAUCAUGAAGCCAUCAGUGCUUGUUCUGCUGCUCCUGAGCUCCUAUCUAUGGCUGUCACAUACCCAGGAGACAGAAGUUGUCACCUCUGCUCCAGAGCAGACUGUGAAUACAACUGAGACCAAGCAAGAAGAGGACAGCGACUGGGGUAUCGGUUCCAUCCGAGAUAGCUUUGAGGCAGUCAAUGGUUAUUUUGAUUCUUUUCUGGAGCUGCUUGGAGGUCGUAAUGGGGUCUGUCAAUACAGGUGCCGAUUUGGGAAAGCCCCAAUGCCACGGCCGGAAUACAAGACUCCAGAGCCCAAUGGAUGCAGUUCCUACUUCUUGGGCCUCCAGGUACCAGAGAGUCUGGAUCUGGGAAUUCCAGCAAUGACCAAAUGUUGCAAUCAAUUGGACCUCUGCUACGAUACCUGUGGAGCGAACAAGUACCGCUGUGAUGCCAAGUUCCGUUGGUGUCUGUAUGGAAUUUGCUCAGACCUCAAGAAGAGUUUGGGAUUCGUAUCCAAAGUUGAAACCUGUGAGACAAUCGCAGACACAAUGUUUAACACGGUCUGGACACUGGGAUGCAAACCUUUUAUGAACAGCCAGCGAGCCGCAUGUAUUUGUAAUGAAGAAGAGAAAGAUGAACUGUAGAACGGAAAACAGUUCCACCACCAACAUUAGAUCACUUUUGCCCUACGGCUCUUCAGAGACAUCAAAAAUUGUCAAAUUUGUUUUGGAAAGAUCUUCCCGACAGCAUUAUAAAAGCUAAUAAUGUACAAUAUAUGAAGUAGAAGAGCAGCAAAUUGAAAGAAAGUUUACCUCUUGGUCACACAUAAAACUUGGCACUCUCUGCCCGUGAAGAAACAAUGAAGAAAGAUGCCACGUGAGCAGACCAGGAGCUACUGGAAAAAGUGAACAACAUCUGGAGCAAUCCCAGUUUUGACCCAGUAGCUAAGUACUCUGGCACACUUAGCAGAAAAAGCAAUCAGGCCCAAGACUGCAUGCACAGUAAUAGAUCUGGAGACGCCAUAUUGUCUCACCUAAAGAAAGGGAGAGAAAGAAAUGCAUCUUCAAGAUUGCAUCUGAUAAAUUUACAGUGUACAUUGCAUUGCAGUUGUAAUAGUAAUUUAGUAAUAAAACUUUCUGAGAAACCAAGAAGCACAGAAGAUGAAAAAUAUCUCUAAAAAUGGGUAUUGCUCCAAAUUAUAUAUUAAAAUCAAAAAGGUGGGCUGUAUCAUGAAAAAUUAAGUUGGUUUGUUACGUGUUUAGUUCUGUUUUUUUCUAAAUUUAUUUUGUAUGUAUAGUUUGUGGCAAAUGGCACAGCAAUUAACUUAUUGGUAGAUUCACUGAUGACAAUCUACAGAAUAGCUAAUGAAUAUUUUGCUAGAUGCAAUGAAUUCACAUUGUUAAUUUAACUGGAGGCUGAAGAUGUGAAUUGAAAAGUCACGUUCCCAUUUCUCAGUAGCAAUGAAACAAAUUUCUACAACCUCUGUGAACAGAAAACCCUUCUGUUCCAAAACUGCACAACAUGGAGUUUUCUUUCCCCAUGUAUGCGACAUAAAAGACUCAAAUGUGACCGGCUACAGUGUGCCAUGCUAAAUAAGUAACCUAUGAUUCAUGUUUGCAUGUUUCUUAUAUUCUUGGUCAGCCCAUUAAAGUUAUGUGGAAUUUUGUACUUAAAUUAAAUUGCGAUUUGCUUUUUGUA